UAGCAGAAGGAGAGAGACUGGUACAGCCUGGACCCUCUCCCUGCUCAAUCUCGCUUCUCCUAGCCGAGCAGUCUCUCGCGCGCUCUCCCUCCCUCCUCCCUACCGCUGUCUCCCCGCAUCGGCGAUCCGAGCUCUUUACUCAGAGACCCAACUCGCCUUCUUCCCGCGCGGUUUGUGCUGAAUUUUCUCCUUUGAAUGUAGGUCAUUGGCAGCGAGGAGCUACGGGUUAUUUCAAGCCUAGUGUGGAGGCCAGGUUUUGCGGGGUGCGUGGGUGCGCGUUGUUGUUUGUUUGAUCGCCGUUCUUCCCCCCCCACCCCCCUUCCCUGCUUCCGAGGGGGCUGUUGCAUUCCUCCGGACGAGAACGAUCCUUCUGGUUGGAUUUCACGGACACGGAGAGGGGAUGGGUGGGGGGGAGAGACGCCGAACUCCGCUCAUUCCAGCGGUGUGAGAUUCCGACCAAAUUUUUUUCGCCGGGGAGAAAUCCGCUGGAAGGUCCUGUUCCGUCUAGAACACCAGUUCUUUCGGUAAAGGGUUCUCCAUCAAGAUGGAAUUAACUCAAAUGGAUUUGCAUAGUAGGCUCUAAGUAUCUGGGCAUCUUAUCUUCUUGGAUAAGUGAUAUCAGCAUUGAAUACAAGAAUCAAGGGAUGGGCUGCAGCCAGAAGAAGUCAAUUGCUGUUUGUGUUUCUGGGAACUGUCUAUGUUUAAUCUGCUGAGAUACCUACCACAUUUAAAUUGGGUUUUCUCUGCUUGACCAAGAAUACUUUACAUUUUUGUUGGUAAAUUAUUCUUUUCCUCAUACACCUCAUACACUUUUCUAAUUUUCACUGUUGUUUCUGUCUUUUUCUGCAAAAUUUGUUUUUCUGCCUGGCUGUGAACGUCUUCAGGACCUGCUAAUGCUGAUGUGAAACCAUGUCAAAGCCAGUGGGACUCUUAUGGCUGUCUUUGAUUUUUACUCCUAUUUGUGUCAUGCUGAAUUCUAAUUUCCUCCUUUGGAUAACUGCCCUAGCAAUACGUUUUACACUUAUUGAGGGACAAGCACAAUACCCAAUUGUAACUACAAAUUAUGGCAAAAUCCGUGGUGUAAGAACACCUUUGCCCAAUGAAAUCCUUGGUCCUGUGGAACAGUAUUUGGGAGUCCCUUACGCUUCUCCUCCAACUGGAGAGAGACGUUUCCAACCCCCAGAACCUCCUUCUUCAUGGACUGGUAUACGGAAUGCCACACAAUUUGCUGCUGUUUGCCCACAGUAUCUGGAUGAGAGAUCACUGCUUAAUGAUAUGCUACCAGUUUGGUUUACUGCCAACUUGGAUACUGUAAUGACCUAUGUGCAAGAUCAGAAUGAAGACUGCCUUUAUCUGAACAUCUACGUACCAACUGAGGAUGGAGCCAACACAAAGAAAAGCGCAGAUGAUAUAACCAGUACUGAUCGUGGGGAAGAUGAAGAUAUACAUGAUCAGAACAGCAAGAAACCAGUGAUGGUCUAUAUUCAUGGUGGAUCAUAUAUGGAAGGUACAGGGAAUAUAGUUGAUGGCAGCAUACUGGCAAGCUACGGAAAUGUCAUUGUUGUAACCAUCAACUACAGGCUAGGGGUUCUAGGUUUCCUAAGUACUGGAGACCAAGCAGCAAAAGGCAAUUAUGGAUUACUUGACCAAAUUCAAGCUCUGAGAUGGAUUGAAGAAAAUAUUGGAUCAUUUGGAGGAGACCCCAAAAGAGUUACUAUUUUUGGAUCAGGAGCUGGAGCAUCUUGUGUUAGUCUCUUGACAUUAUCGCACUAUUCAGAAGGUCUAUUCCAAAAAGCAAUCAUACAAAGUGGAACAGCCCUGUCCAGCUGGGCAGUGAAUUACCAGCCUGCCAAGUACACUGCAAUUUUGGCAGAAAAAGUAGGCUGCAACACUUUGGAUACUACAGACUUAGUUGAAUGCUUUCGGAACAAGAACUACAAAGAACUCAUUCAGCAAACAAUCACACCAGCUACAUACCACAUUGCCUUUGGGCCUGUGAUUGAUGGGGAUGUAAUUCCAGAUGAUCCACAGAUUCUAAUGGAACAGGGAGAAUUUCUCAACUAUGAUAUAAUGCUAGGUGUAAACCAAGGAGAAGGUUUAAAAUUUGUAGAUGGAAUUGUGGAUAAUGAAGAAGGCAUAUCUCCGAAUGAUUUUGAUUUCUCCGUAUCUAAUUUUGUGGACAAUCUAUAUGGUUAUCCAGAAGGGAAAGAUACUCUAAGAGAAACCAUUAAAUUCAUGUACACAGAUUGGGCAGACAAGGAGAAUCCUGAAACACGAAGGAAGACCCUGGUAGCACUUUUUACUGACCACCAGUGGGUUGCACCAGCUGUUGCCACAGCAGACCUCCAUGCUCAAUAUGGUUCUCCAACAUACUUCUAUGCAUUUUAUCACCAUUGCCAAAGUGAAAUGAAACCCAGUUGGGCUGAUUCUGCACAUGGUGAUGAAGUUCCUUAUGUAUUUGGUAUCCCCAUGAUCGGUCCUACUGAAUUAUUCAACUGCAACUUUUCAAAGAAUGAUGUCAUGCUUAGUGCGGUUGUUAUGACCUAUUGGACAAACUUCGCCAAAACAGGGGAUCCAAACCAGCCUGUUCCCCAAGAUACAAAAUUCAUCCAUACAAAGCCUAAUCGUUUUGAGGAAGUUGCUUGGUCUAAAUACAACCCAAAAGACCAACUUUAUUUGCACAUUGGUUUGAAACCCAGAGUUCGAGAUCACUACCGAGCAACAAAAGUCGCUUUCUGGUUAGAACUUGUACCACACUUGCACAAUUUGAAUGAAAUAUUUCAGUAUGUUUCCACUACAACUAAGGUGCCACCGCCUGAUAUGACAUCGUUCCCUUAUGUUACCCGACGUUCUCCUGGGAAAUUUACCACCAAACGCCCGUUAAUGACUCCAAGCAACAAUCCAAAGCAUUCAAAAGAUACCCAGAAAACCUCUCCAGAGGAUACAAGUGUUCUGAUAGAAAACAAGAGAGAUUAUUCUACAGAGCUAAGCGUUACUAUUGCUGUAGGAGCAUCAUUAUUAUUCCUCAACAUUUUGGCAUUUGCGGCUUUGUACUAUAAGAAAGACAAGCGACGUCAUGAGACACACAGACGCCCCAGUCCCCAAAGGAACACAACCAAUGAUAUUGCCCAUAUACAGAAUGAAGAAAUUAUGUCACUGCAGAUGAAACAGCUGGAGCAUGAUCAUGACUGUGAGUCACUACAAGCUCAUGAUACCCUGAGACUCACCUGUCCACCUGAUUACACCCUGACUCUUAGAAGAUCUCCAGAUGAUAUUCCACUCAUGACACCCAAUACCAUAACCAUGAUUCCAAAUACAUUAACAGGAAUGCAACCUUUGCAUACUUUCAACACUUUCAGUGGAGGACAGAACAGUACUAAUUUGCCUCAUGGACAUUCCACCACUAGAGUAUAGCUCAGUCAUGCACCCAUCACAUAUCACCCGGAAGAUUAACCAUAAGAAAAAAAGGGGGGAAAUUCAUAUUCUCCAUCAAGAAAUUUUGUGGAAAUGAAAAGUUAAAAGGUGAAAGAGCAGAACAGUCAUAAUUUUCUUCAGAUCCUUUCCAUAGGAACUCUGAUAUUCAAGAAAGAUCACCCUCUCAAACCCUGUGAAAUGUGAAAUGUGUACAUUGCUAUUAGGAUUCCGCUUUAAUAUCUCAACCACUUUGAUUGAAAAUAAGAGUUGAGGCCUGAAGAAAGUCUCCUAGAAAAGGAUAUAUAUUGAGUGUAACAAACAGAAACAGAACUUUUGAAACACAGAGCCAGUGACUGUAUAGGGUUUCUUCUUCUUCUUCUUUUUUUCUUUGAAUAAAUAAAAUUUAAAAAAAAAAGAUGUUCUAUAUGUGCCAUACCAUGAAUGGCCCUUGUUAUACAAAAGACGUCAUCAUGGGCUUUUACCCAUCCUAAGAAGCUGUAAUCCAGAAUGGGGAAAUAAGAUUUUAUUAUUAUUAAAAAAAACCUAGGACUGACUAUGCAGUAAAUAUGUAUAGUUCUGUGCAAAGAGAUGACUUGCCAGCCUGAACUAUAUUUAAGGAACUUUGUAUAAAAACAAAAAGUGUACAUAGCUGUGAGUUUUAAAAAAGAAGCUUUUAUUGAUGUUUUCAGUUUGAAAAAAGCUUUUAGAAAGAUUGUGCUUUCAGUUGUGAUCUAUGUGUAUAAGCAUUAAUCAUACCACCUAUGUUUCCUCCCAGACCUAAAGGAGGGUGUUCUUCUUAAUUACUACUGAUGAUCCAAACAUGAAAGUUUUUUCCUAAUAUUUCAUUUCUGGGAAAACAUGUUGUAUCAUACAAAGGACACAGAUGACUGUGUGGCCUGCUAGAUUUUCCUUUACAGGCUGAAUAGAUGCAUGUUAAGGCAUCCAUAGAUAGGAAACAGGAUUUUAUUUUUCCUUCCUUAAAGGAAAGAAACCUCUCCUGCUACCCCACCCCACCCCACCCCACCAUUUCCUUCCUCUUUGUGUUAGCGUCCGUUAUAUUGCAACACAGCGACAAAUUGGAAGAAUUUCAACAAGCUUGUUCAGUUGAUCUAGGAACUUUGUUGUUGGUAUCCUAUGUACCAUGAAUCUUUGCUUCUUUCAGACAGCCUACUUUCUAAAGCAGGUUUUUUUUUUCUUUGAUAAGAUUCUGCCUGCUCUAAUGGGUAGCAGAAAAGGUUAUGCAAAGAAGGGAAAUUGCUAUAGCUAUGUUGAACAGGGAGAUCACACAAGUUAGACAAAGGGCGAUAUUAUUUUCCCAUUAAUUAAGUUCUUACUGGAUCAGUAGCGAAAACUUUUGACCUAUUUUAAUCAAGCUUAAGCUUGAUACCAUGGAAAGCAAGUGAGAAACCAUAUUAAUGUAUAAUGGGUGAGUUGUUUUGAAGAAGUUGGAUCAUUUCAUAAUUCAUCAUUAUUAAUUCUAUAAGAAAAUAUUAUUAUUCACAUCAUCUACAAAUGCAGGGAAGUGUGAUGCGAAAUGCAGCUGUUCCAACAAUAUACCUGGCAUCUCUGUAUAGAGUUGAAAAACAAUUCUAAAGAAAAUCAAUCAAAAUAAAUCAGACAUCAUAAAAGUAGAAAUUGUUAUUAGUGAGUUACAAAUGGUUUAUAAAGGUAGAAACCAAAGAUAUUUGAACAGAGUUGCUCUGCACAAGAUCACAUCUUUCCUGGGGUGUACAUUCUAUUUUUUCUCUUUUAUUGAGGAAGGCACAAUACUGCUAUACUAUCAUCUUUGUAAUAAUAAAUAUAAAUGUGAUGUGAUGUCACAUAAUGUAACACAGGAUGCCUUCUGCUUUAAAAUAGAUAGUUUGAGCUAUUCUAACUUAUAGCUACUUUGAUGUUUUGCUGGGUAUGGAGUAUGGAAUAUAUGUACAGCUUCAUGCUGAUUCUGAGAGAGAAAACAGGUUCCUAGAGUAGCAAACAACUGCUGGAGAUCCAAUAGAAUUGUUAACAUGAUCUUCCAUCUUAGAAAAUGAAAUUAGUACAUUCUUUCCUUUUCUUUCCAGGUAAAAUUUUAACAGUUCCAAUUUUUACCCAACAGUCAAAGGAAGUCAAUGCAUUCCUUGAUUUUUUUAAAAUGUAAUUGUAAUGUAUUUAUUUUGUUAGUUUUAUAUUUCACUUUCCCUCUAGGAGCUCAUGGCAGAAUACAUAACAUUCCCUCCUCCAGCUUUUCCCCAUGAAAACAACCCUGUGAAAUUGAUUGGUCUUAAAAGUAGAGAUUGGCACAAAGUCACCUAGUGAGCUUUCCUAGCUGAAAGCAGACUAGAAAUUGGGUCUUCUCAAUCCUUGCCCAGUAUCUUAAUCACUUCAUGACACUGGCUGUCUAAAGCUAGAUCUUUGCCAUCAUGACUAAAACAUAACACUUCUUCAUGACUCAGUGGGGAAUAAUAAGGAAAACGAUGGCAUCUUAUUCAGAUGGGUAUGUUUGUUAUGUGAAUUAUGGUAUUUGUUUAGUACUUCCAGUUGUUUUCUGCUAGCAAUAUGUACAGUAAUGUGUCAGGCUUGUGACAUUUGGAUAAAACCAUUUCUGUAAGUGAAUGAUUUUAGCUUUUAAAAAUCAAUGAAGAUGAUGUCACUUUAAUAAUUUAAUACAUCAGGACAGAUGUAUGAUUUAUAAAUGGAAAUUUUUAGGCUCUUCAAAGGAUUGUAUAAUAAUAACAACAAAAGAUACUUUAAAGAAUAGAAAAAAAAAUCCCAGACUUUUCUUCUUAACCUUAAGAGGCACGCAGGGUUUCUUUUGUUAUUAUUUCUUCAUUUUUUUCUUUUUGGUUUGCCUUAAGUAAGGACAGAAGAUAUAUAUGGCUGGACACAUAUGUAUAAACUUUUCAGCAGCAUUUUUAAUAAUAAAAUAUCACAGUAUUUUCUAAUGCUUUGUGCAAAGAAUUACGUGUUUAUCAUUUUUGUAAAACUAUCAUUUUGAAAAUCUCUUGUGUGAGCGUGCACAUGUAUGUGAGCAUAUGGAUGUAAUAUGUAGUCCAUAAUGAGCCUUGUCAACACUUGAAAAGUGUUGAAAUGAUAAACCUAGAUAAGUGUUGAAAUGAUAACCUUGAUAAAGAUAAAUACUGUAACCAAUCUU